AUGUUUGGUAACGCGAAGCCAACGUUCGGCGCAGCACCUGCAACUACCACUGGGUUUACAUUUGGAAGUUCAUCUACAACUGCACCAGCAUUCACAUUUGGAAGUGGUGCAGCCACGACAACAACUACAGCUGCGACAAGUAUUUUUGGAUCUUCUCAAGCAGGUAAGCCAGAAAUUCGUAAACCUCAUAAUUGAUUUUAUUUUCAGCACCAGCUACAUCAGGAAGCACUUUAGGAACUUCUACGACUUCUACAGGUGGACUUUUCGGAUCAACAGCACCAUCCACAGGUCAGUUGGUGAUUAAUCUAAGAUUGGAUGCCAUUUUUAUUUUUUUUUAAAGGAAUGUUCGGAACUCCAACUACACAAGCGGCUCCAUCUGGAGGUCUCUUUGGAUCUACAACAACUACUGCGCCAGCUUCAGGAAAUCUUUUCGGUUCAACACCGAAUGCAAAUCCAACAUCUGGAGGAUUGUUUGGAAGUUCCACAUCGAAUACAGCUAGUGGUAGUAUUUUUGGAAAUACAGCUGCACCAGCUCAAACUGCUGCUCCAGCUACCACAGGUUUGUUUGGAACAACUGCAACUUCGACAGCGGCUCCAGUUGCAACUGGAGGUUUAUUCGGAACAUCGACAAAUGCAUCUACUACUGGUGGUCUUUUUGGAUCAUCUACCACAACAACACAACCUGCUGCUUCUGCUACAGGAGGUUUAUUUGGUGCUCCCGCAGCUGCUCCAACUGCAACAACAGGUGGAUUAUUUGGCUCAUCAGCAGUUGCUGCUCCUGCACCAACUCCAGCUACAGCCGGUUUGUUUGGUACUUCUAAUAGUUCUGCAGCACCUACAAUUGGAAACAUCGCGGCGACAACAGCUUCAACAGGAUUGUUUGGAACAACAUCAACUGCUACAAAUGCGCCAGCUACUGGAGGUCUUUUUGGAGCUCCAGCAGCGACCACAACAACAUCAAGUGGUGGGGGUUUGUUUGGAGCAACUGCUACGAAAACUGCUCCAGCAUCUACCGGGGGACUUUUCGGGACGACACCAGCAGCCACAACAAAUACUGCAGGACUAUUUGGAUCAGCAGCUCCAUCCACUGGUUUAACUGCUCCUUCUCAAACUACAGGUGGACUUUUUGGCUCUUCUCCAGCGGCAUCAGCAAAACCAGCUGUAACAACAACAACAGCAGCUUCAACGUUGUCAACUGGUGGAUUAUUCGGUUCCGCAGCCUCUACUACUGUUUCCGCUCCAAGCACUACUCCUCUAUUUGGAGCUGCACCAGCCACAACAACAGUAUCGGCAACACCUUCUGGUGGACUUUUUGGUGCUUCAACAACCACUUCGACUCCAGCCACAACAGCUUCAUUGACAUCUGGUGGUCUCUUUGGGUCUGCUACAACAACUGCAGCUCCAAGUGGCCUUUUAGCAGCUCCAACUGCAGUUCCUACAACCACAGCAGCAUCAUCUGCUACUGCAGGUUUAUUUGGUGCAGUCACAACAACUGCCACCACAGCUUCUCCAUCAACAAAACAAGCAGUUACUUCAAUUGCUAGUGGCGGUCUUUUUGGUUCUUCAGCACCUACUACAACAACUACAACUGUUCCAGCUGCACCAACAGCAACAGUUGGGCCAUUAUUUGGUGCAGCUCCAACAACUCAAACAUCAACUCUUUCUUCAACACCAUUAGCUAAAGGAACUGGUUGGACAUCAUCAACUCUUGGCGGAUUAACAACUAAUACAACAACCCAAUCAACAUUAAAAAUUGGAUCAAGUGGAAGUGAUUUAUUAUCAGAAGAAGAAAUUAAAGCUGGAUUAGCUGGAAAUGAUACAAAAGCAUUUAUAACUGCUUUGAAUGAGGUAAUUGUUUCAUUAAAAUUGAUUGAUUUUCUGAUUUUUUCAAAUUUUCAGGUGGUUAACAGUUAUCAUGCUGAAAUAUCAAAACAAGAACGUACUUUCAAUAAUAAAAUAAUUGAAAUGAAUGCUUAUGAUCGAGAAAUGAUUGGAUUAGAACCAAAAGUUGUUGGAUUGCAUGAUGAUAUGAAUGAAUUAGGAGAAAGAUGUAAAAGUAUGAAUUUCAGUAUCGGAACAAUGUCAUCUGUUUUGAAUGGUUUGUUUGUUUGUUUGUCUUUUUUGAUUAUGUGAAAUCGUUUCAGAAGUCGAAGAAACUGUUGCUGAAAUGGAGAAAAAACUAAACUUGCCAGAAUGGACUGAUCUCGAAUAUAAAUUCCCGUUAGAUAGCCGAUUUGCCAGUAGACACGAUGUUCAAAGAGUUCAAAUGUAGGAAUUCAUCCAGUUUUUUUUUAUAUUCAAAAUUUUCCAACUUUCAGUGCUCAAAUGAUGUUGAAUGUUGAUGCUCAGAUGAAAUCUGCUGAUUAUGAUUUGGACCAAAUUUUGGAAUCGUUGAAAAAUGUUCAGAACAAUGCACUCAAAACAAAACAAGAAGUUCCACUCGAAAAAACUGAAAUGAUAUUGAAGAAACAUUUGGAAAAAUUGAUUGAUUUGGCCGCGCAAAACAGUAAGAUUAUUUUUCUUUGAAACUAUGUAAAAAUCUUAAUUUUCAGGUGAUAUAACGGAAAAAUUGAGAAAAAUUAAGAAAUCGAAUAACUUAUCUGUUGGAAAUUCGAGAGCCUAA